UGUAACAGGUCUGUUAAGCUGAUUUUUACUCAUUAGUGGAGAAUUUUAAUGAAUAAAAUUCACUGUUUCUGAGCUUGUUGAUGUUUUUCUGUUAGCUGUCAUGAUGUUUCCUCCACAAGCUUCAUGUGUCAGAAACGCGCGGUCCCUGGCCUCUGAUUGGUUCCCGCCUGUUGCCUGUCAGAUUAAAAAAGCGCAGCAGAGAUAAGGAGACAUCACUGUUAGUCUGCCUCAUCCCACCACCAUGACGGGAAAAGAAGGACUCGUGUUUUCAGACGAUGAGAACAAACAGAAAAGCGGCGGGAAACCUCCGGCCUGGAAGACGGGUCCCGCCGCGCAGCGCCGCACGGGCUUCGGGAUCCAGGAGCUGCUCGGCCUCAACAAGGAGCCGCCGGCGGCCCCGCCGAGGAGACCCCUGGAGGCCCUGCCGCCCAGGGCGCACAUCCUCACGGCCCUCGGACACGGCGGGAUAGGAGUCGGGAUGGGUUUACUUAGUCCGGAUGGGAUCCACCCGUUCUACGGACAGCCCGCGUUCCUGGAGGUCCUGUCGGAGGCGCAAACUGCGCACCUGCAGCCGCUGCACGGAGCGGCGCACCGGGAGCCGCAGAUGGAGGCGCAACACUCCGGGGCCAGCUCCGAUUCAGAUUUGAGCUCCUCAGGUGACGCAAAGUUCUCAUCAUCAUCAAUCAACAAGAAAAGAAAGAAAAGAAGACACAGGUUUGGUUUCAGAACCGCCGGGCCAAGUGGAGGAAGCGGGAGAAGUGUUGGGGUCGCAGUAGCGUGAUGGCAGAGUACGGUCUGUACGGUGCCAUGGUCCGCCACUCCAUCCCGCUGCCUGAGUCCAUCCUCAAGUCAGCCAAGGACGGCGUCUCAGACUCUUAUGCUCCCUGGUUACUGGGUAUGCACAAGAAAUCAGCCGAACCUUCACACACCUCCCCAGAAAAACCCCACAGCUACUCGCCGCUACCCGUACAGGAGWCGACGGCGGACAAACCGACGGAGGAAGCGGAGGAGAAACAGAGUAUGGACGUUUCUAAAGAGGAACUGAGGGAGAACAGUAUCGCCGUGCUGCGAGCCAAGGCGCUUGAGCACAGCGCCAUGGUGCUCGGGACUGUUUCCGACAAAUCAGACGGCGGCGCGACGCAGAAGGAGAAGGCCGAGGGUCGGGGGACAGAGCAGGAGGUGGAGAAGAGCAACUGAAAAUGUCGAACCUUGCAACUUCUAAUAUCAGAGGCAGAGGAUGUGAACUGAGCGUCAAUCCUUCAUCAAUGAACUCAUCAUGGGAUACUUUUUUUUUACCUCUGACCUCCCAGUGAUGACGAGUCCAGCUUUCACUGCCACAUGCACCAAAUACCAAACGUUGAUUCAAUGAAACUUUGCAUUUCCAGCUGUUCAGACUGAGAUGUCAGACCCGUCGUCCUACUCUCCUAACACUCAACAUCUGGUUGUUUCCUUCUAAGUGUAACUGUAGCUUCAUUAAAAUGUGUCAUAUUUAAAUUACAAAUGUUUUAAUAAUUGAA